AGUAUUUCUGAUAUUGACUUAUUUACCCCCAUUUUACUAACCAGAAACCUUAUCAAACCCGCACAUGCGCACUUAGCUCUUUACCGGAGCGGUAGGUACUGUGGAAGCAGCCCUAAUGGCGGAGAACGUACGGUCGCCUUUCGACUACCGGGAGCCCCCGACCCUCGACAGCGACGGAGAUGGCAGUAAGCCGCCGCCGCCCCGAGGGCGGGUAUGUGGCAGGAAGAGGAAGGGUACGCCGGUGAAAGUAUGUGACCGAGCGUACGUCACGGAGGACGAAGAGGAAAGCAUGUCGGAACACAGUUACAGUCCAGGUGACGGACAAUAUCCAGAAGGAGCAGAAGACCGGUUGCCCCCGCCUGGAAGCCCAUACUACCUCGCCGACCCCUCACAGCUAUGUGUUCCGGAGCUGGGAGAGGAGGGGGCAGGCGGGGUGAGGGGGCCAGUGCUCUUCCACCCCCCACCCAACUGCAGGAUCAGAGAGGUGCAUUGUGGGAGCCAAGUGCGACUGGUUGUCAUAGCAAUCCGAGACAUAGCCAAAGGCGAGGAGAUCACAGUGGACUACAGUUUAACCGACUGGGGAGACAACACAAUGAGUUUCCAUAGUUCGGUGUCUCCAAGAGGAUUUGAAUGCAGCUUCAACCCUGAAAACAAUAUCAAGAAGGAGGAGGAGUCUGGUCCGAUGCCCCUCUCUCUGACCGUCUCAGACUACCUCACCCCGUCGUGGUCACUCUCACCCUCCUCCUCCCCGCUUUCCCACUCGGAGGCCAGCGACUCAGACCGUGAGGAUGAGGAGGACGAGGAAGAGGAGGACGAAGACGAGGAUGAGGAAGAAGAGGACGACCUGGAGGAGCUGCGGGGACGCAUGAUGCGUCGCCGCAAGAAGCGCAAGACAUCUGCGUCCGUAGCAACCGCUGCUGCUACUGCUACUGCUACCAACGCGGCCGCCGCCGCUUCGACCUCCUCCUCCCCGGUGCCCAAAAAGAAGGCAUCUGCCGGCCGGCCGCCCGGCCCACAUCGGGGCCCCUCCCUCGCCUUCUCUCGCUCUGCCUCUAGCUCCGCCUCCCCCUCCAAGGCAUCCACCACGGCUUUCCAGGCCCCCUUGGCACCGCCCCCCACCACCAACAUCAACAACAACAUAAACAUCAACAUCGGGCACCGCGGCAGCCUCGGCAGCGCCCCCCGCAGGCAGCACUGUGUCUACUGCGGCCGCAACUUCCGCUCAUUGGCGCGCCACCUGGAGAAGUACCACGCCCAGCAGCCAGAAGUGCGUGCAGCCAUGGAGCUGGCCCACAUGCGCUCCCACAGCACCACCACCGGCGGACCGCACUCUUCCUCCGCCGCGCCGUCCUCUUCCUCCUCGGCCGCCGCGCACUCCACCUUCGCCUCACCGCAGCCCUCGUCCUCCUCGUCUGCCACGGCCCCGGCCUCGCUGUUUUCCCGAGAGAACGCUCAAGGUCCUGGAGCGGUGUCGUUCUCCCUCUCUCUGUCGCAACCCUCACGAAAGACCCCUGCGGCCCCCCUGGCGCAGAACCGUAAGGGCACUGUCACCAUGGCGCCGCUCAACACUCAGCCUGGCAAGAGCCCCCCUGUUGCUGCAGCCACAGCCUCUGCCGCUGCUGCAGUGCGGCCUCCUGCCAAGAGGGGGCGCCGGCCGAAGAAGGAAAAGGAGGAGCAGCUGAAGCAGGAAGAGCUGGAGCGUGCUAAAGAGGAGGCGCCACCCACACCCGGCCGAGGAGAGGAGGAAGAGGAGGAGGAAGCACACCAUGAAGAGGAGGAGGAAGAGGAGGAGGGCGACGGAGAAGCGGAGCUCAGCGACGGGCGGGAAGAGGAGAGUCUGGACGGGAAGAAUGGAGAGAUGACCAGGUCUCACCGGACCCACAUGCCCCCGCUGCUCUCGUCCCUGUCCUGCCUGGUGUUGUACCUGCGUCGGCAGCAGCACUCGGCCUUCCUGUCGCUGUCGCGCUCGCCCGGCUCGGCCGAGGCCUGGCGCCUGCUGUGCCACUCCAGCCUGGCGCUGCUCAUCCUCUACAACCGUCACCGCGAAUGCGAGGUGGCCAAGCUCACCAUCCAGGAGUACCGCAACCGUUUCACUCCGCCGCCACCCCCCAUGUCCUCCUCCGCCACGGGCUCAACCGCCACCAACGGCGCCAGCAGCAAUGGUACCGGCGCCGGCGGCAGCACGUCUUCUGGGCCGGCGGCGGCACACCCUCUGGAGGUGUCACUGUCUCCGUUCGAGCGGCACGUGUUGUGCCACCUGCCACGGGCAGGUGUGGUGGGCAAGCGGGGCCGCAUGCAGCCGCUCAUCUUGCCUCCGCACUCCGAGGCCUGCCUGGAGCUGCUGCUCAGCACCUGCGCGCAGGUGGGCGUCGACCCGCAGAGCCCUUACGUCUUCUCGCGACCGUACCACUCGCCUGCCACCCCGCUGCGUGGCACCGACCUGCUGCGAGGCCUCGCACGCUCCAGCGGAGCCAAGAACCCGGCCGCCCUGACUGCGCCACGCGCUCGACGACAGGUGGCCAUCCUAACCCAGCUGCUACUGCUGGAAGAGGGCGAAAGGAAGAGGCUUGAGGACUUCCUGCAGCGCGAGUACCAUGUGACACAGAGCUGUGCUCGGAUUGGCCAGGACCCGGGGCUGAUGGGCCGUGUGGGUCGUGUGGUGCUGUACGGGGAGAGAGACGGAGUCCUCUUCAGGGGGAUGAGCCUCCAACAGAUCUGCCUCGAACUUGAUGUGAUGUCGGGGAACUCUGCUGACUCGUUCUCGGACGACUCGGACGUGGACGCAGAGAAGGGCAAGGAGCGGCCGGAGGUAGUCAAGAAGGGUGCAGGAGGGGGCAGUGCCGCCGCCAAGAAGAAAGGGGGCGGCUCACAGUCUGCUGCAGUCACCCCCGCGGGGCACAAGAGGAGAAGCGCUCAGCCCAAAUCAGGCAAGCGUGGCGUGCUGAAGCGGCCGUGGUCGGAGGCGGAGCGCGUGGCUGUGGAGACGCACCUGAAGCGCAACAUCAUGGAGCUUCGGGUGCCGGCGAAGGCGGACUGCGAGCGCUGCCUCCAGCUCUGCCCCCUGCUGGUGACCAACCAGCGUGACUGGCGCGCCAUCAAGUUCUACUGCCACAACCGCAUCCAGCUGCUGAAGAAGCAGGGCCGCCGCGAGGCCAACGGAGCCGCUGUCUGCUAGCUUGCUACCACCACACACACACACACACACACACACACACACACACACACACACACACAAGCGCGCGCGCACACGCAUACACACGCACUUGCGUGUGUGUGUGUCCAUUCUUACACACUGACGGAGACCUAUACAUACACAUCCACGCAGCGAGCCCUAUACAUCCAUGCAAACAUACAUAAACAUGUUCAUGUUGUACACAUACACUCAGUUACGAAAGAGUAUAUAUAAUAUAUAGAUGUACAUUCUCUCUCU